AUGGGUCUGAAGGGGGCUUGGUGUUUCCCGUGGUGUGGGUGCCGGAGACAGCGGGGGACUGAAAGAGGGACAGGCCUGGAACCUGCAUCCCCUCCAGAGCCCAGCCCAGCUGUAGCCCCCAUUGUGACCGGGGGACUGUCCUCCCCAGGAGCUGGUGCCUACUUAAGCCGGAAAGCUCGACUCUCCUUCCGGCACCAGCUGCAUGACGUGGCAUCAGCCAAUGACUCUACCAUCUGA